AUGUCUCUGUUGCCUCUCGGCUCAGCUGCACCAGAGAGCAACAAGCCACUGCCUACCCCUAAAACAGUGGUUAUUGAUGGCGAACUUCUUGUCGCGGCAAAGCAGCGUCUCAAGCACGGUGACAAGGCUCUGGAAGCUGCUCUAAAGCAUCUUACUGCUCAGGCAGAUUCAUGGUUGAACCAAGGUCCCUGGACUGUUACAGCCAAGGACAAGGCGCCUCCUAAUGGUACAAUCCAUGAUUACGCUUCGCAGGCACCAUACUGGUGGCCGAAUCCCAACUCUGCCGACGGAUGUCCCUAUAUCCAAAAGGAUGGUGUACGAAACCCAGAGGUGGACAAGUAUCAAGACCGCCUUGGAGUUGGCAAGAUGUUUAACUCUAGUUAUGUCUUGAGUCUCGCUUGGUAUUAUACCCAGGACCCAAAAUACUCCCGACACGCAGCAACCAUUCUCCGAACCUGGUUUCUCGAUGAGGCCACAAAGAUGAACCCCAACCUAGAUCAUGCACAGAUCAUCCCUUGUGCCAACACCGGACGGGCCAUUGGCAUUAUCGACUUUAGCCAGGAGUACACAAAUGUGGUUGAUGCCGUUGCCAUCCUUAACACGGGAGCGCCAGGAUGGACCAAGUGUGAUGGAGAGAACUUCCAAGACUGGAACGUGCAAUUCCUUGAAUGGCUAUAUGCAUCUCCGUUCGGAAAAACGGAGGCUGCCGCGACAAACAACCAUGGUACUUUUGCCAACAUGCAGAUUUCUGCGCUGGCCCUGUUCACCGGGAACAAGACCCUCGCGGCACAAGUCUCUAACAAGGCAAAGGCUUUCAUUGACAGACAAAUAACCGCCAACGGCUCCGAACCUGAAGAACUAGCUCGUACCAGAAGCUGGCACUACUCACAUUUCAACCUCGGAGCUCACCUUCGCUGGGCACAGAUUGCCAAGAAGGUUGGCGUUGACCUGUACAAGUACAAGGGGCCUGCUGGUCAAUCGCUAUUUAAGGCUGUCAACUUCCUUAUUCCUGCUGCAGUUGGCGGUCAGUCCAAGUGGCCGUACGAGGAGCUAGAGUUCAAGAGGUACGCGGCAACGGAUAACGUUCACGCUGCCACUAUCGCUGGUCUAUGCCAGGCAAAGAGGGUGGAUGGAAAGCUGGAGGCUCCUCCUGGUGGUGAUAUUUUUGCUCUGCGACCAGCACCCCAGCAGCUUGAUAGCAUUGUUACGCUCUAA